AUGCCUGGAUCUAAAGCUAUUGUUCUCCUUAAGGCCUUCAUUCAGGAUAUAAUCACUUUGAACGCGGCGGCGGGCGGGUACGCCGGCUCGCCGUGGCCGCCGCUCGAACUAGACCCCGUGGGAUGGGGCCGCAAGCUGUACCCGUCUGGAGCGCCGAGAUCAUCAGGAGGUCUGAUGUUUGGCCUUCAUCACCAAGAAGCGGCAGGGGUCCAUGCCCAACCAAGAGGCCCUGUUACAUCGCUGAAGGAAGAACCCCUCACUCGAGCUUGGAUGACUCCGAGCUCCUUAGUUGACAAUACCAAUGUGGGUGUAGGCCGCGCCCACUUUGAGAAACAGCCACCCAGCAACUUGCGCAAGAGCAACUUCUUUCAUUUCGUCGUAGCGCUCUACGACCGCGCCGGCCAACCCGUCGAGAUCGAACGCACCGCGUUUAUAGGGUUCAUUGAGAAGGAUCAGGAAGCGGAAGGCCAAAAGACAAAUAACGGCAUUCAAUAUAGACUACAAUUGUUAUAUGCUAACGGUAUACGACAAGAACAAGAUAUAUUCGUUCGGCUAAUCGACUCUGUUACUAAACAGCCCAUCGUCUACGAAGGUCAAGAUAAAAAUCCGGAAAUGUGCAGAGUAUUGCUAACACAUGAAGUUAUGUGCAGUCGAUGUUGUGACAAGAAAAGUUGCGGCAACAGAAAUGAAACGCCAUCAGAUCCCGUCAUCAUAGAUCGUUUUUUUCUCAAAUUCUUUCUCAAAUGCAAUCAAAACUGUCUGAAAAACGCCGGAAACCCGCGAGACAUGAGGAGGUUUCAAGUGGUGAUAUCAACACAAGUGAUGGUCGACGGGCCACUGCUCGCGAUAUCGGACAAUAUGUUCGUACACAACAAUAGUAAACACGGGAGGCGGGCGAAGCGACUUGAUCCGUCUGAAGGUACUGACGCCGCGCCCGAACCUAAUUGUACGUUUUCGGGCCUUUACCCACCGUUGCCUGUAGCAACGCCAUGCAUCAAAGCAAUAUCUCCAAGCGAAGGCUGGACGUCAGGGGGUUCCACGGUCAUAAUAGUGGGGGACAACUUUUUCGAUGGACUUCAAGUUGUAUUCGGAACUAUGUUGGUCUGGAGCGAGCUUAUAACGUCACACGCGAUCAGAGUCCAGACGCCGCCUCGACACAUACCCGGUGUAGUGGAGGUAACACUGUCGUACAAGAGCAAGCAGUUUUGCAAGGGAGCACCGGGAAGAUUUGUUUAUGUUUCAGCUCUCAACGAGCCGACGAUAGAUUACGGCUUCCAGAGGCUACAGAAACUUAUACCGAGGCAUCCGGGCGAUCCUGAAAAACUGCCCAAGGAAAUAAUACUCAAGCGAGCGGCUGACUUAGCGGAGGCUCUUUACUCUAUGCCCCGUAAUAACCAACUGGGUCUUGGAGCGCCGCGCUCGCCGCCCGCCAGCAUGCCCUUCAACUCGUACACGGGGCAGCUUGCCGUUAGUGUACAGGACACUGCUGCAUCGCAGUGGACUGAAGAGGAGUACGCGCGCAGCGGCGGCUCCGUGUCGCCGCGCUACUGCUCCGCCGCGUCCACGCCGCACGCGCCCGCCUACCCGCCGCAGCACUACCCCGCCGCGCCCACCUCGCUCUUCAACACCACCUCGCGACCGUACCACCCGGCGAACAUGAACGGACAUUUAUCCUCCGAACAUCACUAUAACGGGUAUAACACGAAAGAUAGCGACUAUUACGCUAAAAGAAACGGCGAGUGUAAGAAUGAAUGUCCAGUAAACACUCAUACAAAAUGCAGUGACGGUAAAGAGAAGCCUCGAAGCGCGUUCGCAGUCGUCAGGCAAAGUCCGCCGCGUAAUACUCAACAACAAAAUUGGCAACAUCUCACCGGGCAGUGUUAG